GCCAGAUCUGCGAAAAAGUGAUACAAAUAUGCGAGAAGCGAUACCAUUGGAAAAACGAGUUGCUAUAGCUCUAUAUGCUCUAGGGUCAUCUUCCGACUAUCGCACAAUCGCAAAUAUGUUUGGCGUGGGAAAGGCAACCGUAUGCAAAAUAUUAUUGGGUUUUUGCAAUGAGGUCUGGAGAGUUUUGGCUCCAAUAUAUUUAAAAAACUUUCCGUUGACAGAAGACAAAAUUAAAGGCUUGGUGCAAGAGUUUGAAACAUAUGGAUUUCCCCAAUGUAUGGGAGGACUUGAUGGAUGUCAUAUUGAGAUUCACCCACCCAAGGAAGACGCUACAGACUACCACAACUAUAAGGGAUGGUAUUCAAUCGUACUGCUAGCAUUGGUGGACGCCAGAUGUCGUUUUAUAUAUGUUAGCUCCGGCAGCACAGGACGCUGCAACGAUUCUCAAAUUUUUCAGACAUCUUCUCUAAAGCAACAAUUGGAUGAAUGUGUCCUUUUAAGCGAAUUGAAAAAAAACUAUUUCCGAUGUUGAUGUACCGGUUUUUAUAAUUGGGGACUCGGCAUUUCGGUUAAGUGACAAGCUAAUGAAGCCGUAUCCGUUUCAUAUUUCACAAAG